AUGGAGAAACUCAUAAAAAAUCAAGAGAUGGCAAGACAAGAUCAAGAAGCAGCAAGAAAAGAGCAAGAAGCAGUAAGAAAAGAUCAAGCCACAACAAUCAAAAACCAAGAAGCUGCAAUCAGAAAUCUUGAGAGGCAUAUGGAACAAAUGGCUAAACAAAAUACAGAGAUGGGUGAGAAGCAAUCAAAUGCAUCCCCUAGUACCACUUCAGACCACCCAAGGGACAAAGGAAAAGCUACAAAGUGGGAAGAAUGCAAAGCAAUUAUGGUGGGAAGUGAGAAGAAAGCCAUCAAUCAGGAAGAACACAACAGAAAAGUUCCACGAGAAGAGACAGAAGAAAGAAGUAAAGAGGAGAGAAAGACCAAGAAUGCAAAAAGCUCAAAGAAAGAUGAGGACAUCCUUGAAACACAGCUACAGGAGAAGAAGGAAGGGGUGAAGCCAGAUGUCCCCAAACUUCCGUACCCUCAGAGGAAGUCAUUCAAUCUCUUGGAGGAAAAAGUACAUCAUCAUGGACAGAGGAAGGAUAUAGAAGCCAACAAUGAUGAUGACACAGAGGAAACAAAGAGACUCCAAGAGGUUGUAUUGUUCUCUGACUAA